UCAGAUAAAUUUAAACUCCGAAGUCCUUUGUCACUUGACAACUUAAUAAACAUCAUGUUGUGUGCAGAUAGGGGGAGCAUAUUUAGUAGUAUUAAUAAGGUCGACUGUGAAUUAUUUAAAGACUCAAUAUUAAUGGUGUAUUGAAGCACAUUUCAGUCUUCACACUGCUAUUGUAGUCAUAUAUCCAGGAGUGUUAUUGUUAGGGAUUCCAUAACUGUGUCAUCUAGUAAGUUUAUAAUACAAAUCACAAAAUGGCCACAGGUUCAGUUUAUAAAAGUUCAGACUUAGUGAUGGACUAUUGUUGUGAUGCUUGCAAAGAGAAACAUAUGGAAGUUAGUUCAGAGUUCUUCUGUAAAACAUGUAAAAAGCUAUUUUGUGGCAAAUGUAUUAACCUGCAUAGCCAGUUAUAUGAAAAACAUGUCUCAAUUGGGAGAGGAGAAAUGAACCAAUGGCCUCUCAGUAAGACAACAAAGGAUUUCCUACAGAUUUGUGAGAUCCACAAAGAGGAGAAGCUGAAAAUGUUUUGUCAGGACCACGGUCAACUCUGCUGCACUAAUUGUGUACUACUUAGUCACAGGCAGUGCAAGGAGGUGACACUGUUAUCAAAGACAGGUAAAAGUCUCUCAACAGAUCUGCAGCAGUUGGCAGUUAAGAUUGGAGCUAUCUUGAAAGAGCUGAAACAGCUUCAAAGUUCAAGGGAGUACAGCAUUAAGUCUGUGGAGGACUCAUUCAGUGAACAACUACAAGAAGUCAGAGAUGUGCGACAGAAAUUAAAUGCUGCUUUAGAUGAACUAGAAAAGGUGACUAUGAAAGAACUGGAAGAUAUGAGGACUGCACUGCAAGCCUCCCUUAAGAUUGAUGUAGAUAACUGCAACAGACUGAAGGAUGAACUGAAACAACUUAGUGAAGCUGUACAUGACCUAGCUGAUAAGAGCAUGGAGGAGCUCUCAUUCAUAGCUGGCAGGAAAUGUCUUGACAAGAUUCAGGAGUCAGAAACAUAUCUGAAGAAGAACAGCGUUAAUAUGGAAUGUUCAAUAAUAUUCGAGUCAAAGGAUGACAUUGAAAAACAUUUGCUGAAACAUUUGGGUCUGGGAAGGGUUGUAGAAGGUAGUCAGUCACUGGCAUUUAAAUUGAAUCCAGACAAGGUGAUCACUUGGAAGGGGAAGUCAGAGCAUGUUGUGCUCAUAUCAAGUGACUCAAGUCAAACUUGCAAGAUCACAGGCAUCUGUAGUCUCCCUAGUGGCCAGAUUGUUAUUGCAGAUCAAGAGAAUAAGAGAGUGAAGCUGUUAGACAAGCAGUACAAUGUAGUCAGUCACUGCACUCUGUCUGGUUUUCUAUGGGACAUAUGUCAUAUUAAAUGCAAUGAAGUGGCAGUAAGUGUGCAAGAUGGUCAGACAAGCAGUGUCCAGUUUAUUUCUGUUUGCAAUGGGCAGCUGGUAAACAACAGGAAGUUUCAGUUACAGCAUAAUAUUCUUGGUAUAGCCCAUCACCAGGGAGCAUUGUAUAUCACCUCUCGCACUGCUCUGUACCACUAUACUCUGACAGGGCAGCUUGUGAAAAAGAUCUAUGAGGACACAUCAGGUGGUAGUAACACAGUGUGGAAGUGUGCUGUGAGUCCAACUGGUGACAGGAUCUAUGUCAUCAACAACACCCAUGGCAAGCUCCUCACACUCUCCUCAGAUGGGACUCUGUUAUCUAGCUUCACUGAUACCAAAUUAAACUUUCCAUGGUGUGUCUGUGUUACACCUGCAGGGCAAGUGCUGGUCAGUUGGUACUCCUCAAAUACCAUAACACAGAUGGACAGAGAAGGCAGAAGAAAACUAGCUACUCUGGCCACUGAGACUCAUGUUGAGGGCUGCCCACUAUCAGUCAGCUACAAUAUCAACAGGAAUGUGAUCAUUGUGGGAAUGAACUGGAACACCAAAAUACUUGUGCUGGAAGUGCAAUAGUUACAUUUUAAAAUAUUGUUUUAUGAAAUUGUAUAUAUAUAAUAUGCAUUGUAUUUGUCUGUUGGUACAUGUAAUACAAUCAAGCUGGAUGAUAUAAUGAAGAAAACUUGUAAUAAUAUCCAACAUAAUUUCAUUGUGUUAUCCUUUUCAAUAGAAAAUAUAUUAUUAAAACAAAUUGCUUA